AUGAAAAGUAGCCCACCAUCCAACUCAUCAACGAAAAAUGAUGAAUGCUUAAAAAAGGUAUGCGUCAUAAAUCAAAAUAAUGCAGCGGAAAGUGAAAAGAAGGAACGGAUCAAUGAUAAAAUAAAAAUUUGCAAACUAAAAAGCCAGUGUAGUGAUAUCAAGGGUGAAAAAAACGAAAGGGACGAACGGGGCGAACAGGGCAAAAUGAGUAAUAUGAAAAAGCAAGCGAAGAAAAGUGAGAGCGCAAGUAGUGAAUCCGUGAAGGAAUCGUUCGAGGACGAACUCGAUGGGGAAUAUGAGGAUGUAGAUGGUGAAUUGGACACGGACGAGGAUUUGGAUAUUGAAGAACAUUUUGAUGAAGACGACGAGGACGAAGAUGCUGGAGGUGAAGACAAAGACGAAGAUUUUGCUGAUGCCAGGAGAUAUUUUAAAGAAGGACAAAAAUGUAUUACCCCCCCGAACGGUGAUGGCACAAGAGCUUUCUACGAAAGUCUACUUGAAGAAAAUCCCAAUUCAAUCAUUGCUAUAAAGUACUGCAUAGAACAUGGAGUUCUAAAUGGUACAAAACAUCACCAGGCGAUAUAUAAAUAUAAGGUACUUAAAAAAAAUAACGCAUUUAGAAAUAACUUUGGAGGUAUACGAGGUGAGUUUAUUAAAAUGUUGGAAGAGCCUCCUAAAUCUGAAGAUGGUUCCUAUGAAGAUUCUAAUGAGGAUUUGAUAAAAAAGGAGAUUUUAAGCAAAUGA